AGACCGGGCGCUGGAGCGGCGCUGGACUGGCUGCUGGAGGACCCCAGCCUCUCUGCACCAUGGCUACUCCCAGCAAGGCCGUUAUUGUUCCCGGGAACGGAGGUGGCGAUGUCGCCACCCACGGCUGGUACGGGUGGGUGAAAAGGGGGCUGGAACAGAUACCUGGUUUCCAGUGUUUGGCUAAAAACAUGCCUGACCCAAUUACAGCGCGAGAGAGCAUCUGGCUGCCCUUCAUGGAGACGGAGCUUCACUGUGAUGAGAAGACCAUCAUCAUAGGCCACAGUUCCGGGGCCAUUGCAGCCAUGAGGUAUGCAGAAACACAUCAAGUAUAUGCUAUUGUAUUAGUGUCUGCUUAUACCUCAGACUUGGGGGAUGCAAAUGAGCGCGCAAGUGGAUACUUUAACCGUCCCUGGCAGUGGGAAAGGAUAAAAGCUAAUUGCCCUCACAUUGUGCAGUUUGGCUCUACUGAUGAUCCUUUCCUUCCCUGGAAAGAACAGCAAGAAGUGGCUGAUAAGUUGGAAGCGAAAUUGUACAGAUUCACUGACCGUGGUCACUUUCAGAACACAGAGUUUCACGAACUGGUUAAUGUGGUAAAGUCUAUGUUGAAAGUACCAGGGUAAACAGGAUUAUUUCUGCUAUUCUGUGUCCCAAGAUAUAGGUAGAACAACAAUCAGAUUACUGUUAGAUACUACGAGGUGAUUACUGGACAUGAGACCAAAAUAAGUUCUUUUAAAAAAUGCCUUAAAAACACACUUUUUGGUGCUCAGGGUUAAGUGACAAAUAGCAUUUCCAUUUCCCUUUAAAUCUACACUUCCUUAAGUUGUUGUGAAAUAAAUAUAGCAGUUUUCUAUUUGAUAGGGGACUAAGGAGUGCUUAAUUCCCCUUAUCCAGAGUAAGACUGAAAAAACCCAGUCGUCCUGACUCCCAGUCCAGAUGAAAGCUAAGAAGGUAUCAGCUGUGUUUUAAGAUUUACAUUCCUCUUUGAGAUAAAACUUUUCCGUUGAGGAAAGAAAACAUAGCAAAAGGUCCAGAAUUGGCUUAUAGCUCAAAACACCAACUGCUGCUUCAAACUGGCCCAAGACAUUAAACCCAGACUUAGGCCUUACUGGUUGGACACAGUUUGAAUGAUUCCAGUCAUUCAAAUGUGCUGAGGUGGUACCACCUCAGGAUACCACAAAAUGAGCGUGCAAGGAUCAGGCAGUGAGUGUAAGCACAGCCCAUAUAUGUUUAUGUAUAUAUAUGUAUACGUACAUAUAAUAUAUACGUAUAUUUGUAUACUACAUAUAUGUAUCUCAGCACACAGUCAACGAGACUGACUUAAAACCAGUCAAGAAUUAGGGCAAUGUGUCAAGAAUAGUAGAAAUAAGUACCAGGAGAUUGUUUCCAUGGCUUGGAGGCUGGUCUCUCAUUCUGGGUAACUCAGGAAAGGGACCACCAAGUAAAAUGUGGUUGGAGGUCAUGUGGGGGAAGGGUGAUGCGGCCGAAUACAGACUAGAGACUGAACACAAUGGCCACUCAACACCUUUAUUGCAAACCACAACACCUAAUCAGAGAGAAAGAACAAAAGGGAAUUCCCUGCCAUAGUGGCAGGGUGGGGUGGGGGGAGACGGGACUGGGGAGGGGGGGAGGGAUGUUGGGUUUACUGGUGGUGGAGAAUGGGCACUGGUGAAGGGAUGGGUUAUCGAACUUUGUAUGGGGGAAACAUGAGCACAAAGAUGUAUGGAUCUGUAACUGUACCCUCACGAUGACUCUCUAAUUAAAAAUAAACUAAUAAUAAAAAAAAAGAAUUAGGGCAAUGUGGAGGGCUUAUGUAUGAAUUAUUAACAUGUAUGAACAUGGCAAGGUAUUGCCAUUUUUUUUUUAUAGGAUAAAAUUUCAGAGUGGUUUGUAUAGUCAGGGAAUACAUAUGUUGGUACAUGUAAUAUAUAUUCACAGGAGUUAUUUGAAAAAUGAAAUUACCAAUGAGUUAUUAGAAUAAUUACCUUGCAUACAUAGGAAUUGUCUGAAUUAUCAACUGCAGUGUAAAACUGAUAAAUACUGCAAAAAUACAAAAUUCAAGCCAUCCAUAUGAAUACUGGCAUAGUAUUUUUUUUCCAGUUGUGCCUGUGAACUUUAACUCAGAAUGUGUCUUUACAUGGGCUUGAGAAACUCACGACUUUUGUUUUAAUGCUGCACUUCUUAAACCCAGCUAUCACAUCAUAUAACAAGCCUUUCUCAAGGCUAGGAUACAGAUAGCUUGGCUAGUAUGAAGUGCUAUACUGCCAUAGUAUUUCCCUAGAUGCUUGAAGUGAUUCUUUGUAAAGCUUGAGAAAUAAAGAUGUCAGAAGAUGAAUCCUGGGCACCAUUUGCUUUUGUUACAAAUCCCAAUCUUUAUUUCAGGGGGGAAAGGUCACACCCAGGAGCACUCAGGUUCACUCCUGACAGAGUGCAGGGGAACUUAUGUGAUGUCCCAGGAAAGACAGUCAUCCUACUCAUUGUACUAUCUCUCCAGCCCUGGCCUACCUAUCUUUUAACUUUUAUGAUAUUUAAGAUCUCUUUCAUGGACCAUUUCAUGAUUUGAUUGUUUUGAUCAUAUUCUCUCAAAAGACCCUUCUUAAUUUCCUGACAUUUUGGGGACCACUAUAUCCUUUAUGAGGCCUCAAACAAUUCCCAGUGAAUCCACACCUAAUGUACAACCUGAUGUUUGCUGCAAUGUGAAUUCCCACAGUGUGCCUAGAAGUUAUUCAAAAUCCAUCAAAUAAACCUCAAAAUACUUUUGAUUUCAAAAUCUGCUCCCUCUUUCAAAAAACAUGUUUCCAGAAAAGACUCUAAAUUUCAGCAGUAGUUAUCUUUAGAGAAUGAAGACUCUCGUAGGUUUGUUAUAGUAGAAAUCUUUUUUAAAUUUUGUACACAUUAAUGAUUAUUUGAAAUUGUCAUAGUAAAUGUAUUCAUAACGAAAAUAUAAUUAAGAUUAAAACAAUUCAUAUAAUUUAAAAGCAAAUUAGAUAAAUUAGUUGACUGUCUUCCUAAAAGAGGCUACUUAGCAUUCAUUUAACUGUAAUUAAAGUCUACUGAACUAUUUGGAAUUAGUAACUGUUCUACUAACUCUUGUUUUCUUAAUUCCUUUCUCAAAAAAAGACAAACUUGUACAGAGAAGUUUUAACACUUUAUUGUUCUUUUCUUCCAUAGGAAAAGCAAAUAUAGACAACUAAGGAUAAAUUGUAUAUUAUUCCCAUAAAUAAACAUUUAUGUGAUUA